AUGCCGGACUCGCACGAGUACGACGUGGAGAAGAACGGCGGGUGGGUGAGUGCCGCGGGCGGGAGCGAGCACAGCGGACUCCCACACGCGCUCCCGGAGACGGAGAAGAGGACGGCGAGUCUGGUGCAGUAUGAGGAUGGCGCUGUGCCGGGCGAGAGCUUCGAGUAUGGCAACACCUGGUAUGCGAAGCUCCAGCGACUGGCCGGCCGAUUCCAGGUGGAACAGCGAGGUAUCGAGCGUGUCCCCGAGGAUGAGCGGACGGAUGUGGGCUUCAAGGCGUUGUUGAACACUUCCACCAUGGUAUGCGCAUGCAAGAGUACCUGAUAUCCCCCCAGAAUGAACUUCCCACUGACAUGACCCUCGCAGUGGCUCUCCGCCAACAUGGUCGUCUCCUCCUUCGCCAUCGGCAUCCUCGCCAAGCCCCUCUUCUACCUCGGUGUCGCCGACGCCAUGCUCGUCUGUCUCUUCUUCAACCUCAUCGGCAUCAUGACCGUCGCCUUCUACUCCACCUUCGGCCCCGUCUUCGGCCUCCGCCAGAUGGUCCUCUCCCGCUUCUGGUUCGGCUGGUGGGGCGUCAAGCUCAUCGCCAUCUUCAACAUCCUCGCCUGCGUCGGCUGGUCCUCCGUCAACUCCAUCGUCGGCGCCCAGCUCAUCAACGCCGUCAACCGCGACGUCCCGGGCUUCGCCGGCAUCCUCAUCAUCGCCUUCUGCACCAUCAUCGUCUGCUUCUUCGGCUACAAGGUCGUCCACGCCUACGAGUUCUGGUCCUGGAUCCCCGCCACCAUCAUCUGGCUCAUCGUCCUCGGCGUCUUCGCCCACAGCGGCGACUUCGUCGACAUCCCCUGGGAGACCGGUACCGCCGAAAUGGGCGGCGUCCUCUCCUUCGGCGCGACCGUCUACGGUUUCGCCGUCGGUUGGACGUCUUACGCUGCAGACUACACCGUCUACCACCCCUCCACCCAAUCCCGCAAAAAGGUCUUCUUCUGGACCUGGAUCGGUCUCAUCAUCCCCCUGCUCUUCACCGAGAUGCUCGGAAUCGCCAUCAUGAGCGCCACCUCCCUCGACAACGGCGACAACCGCUACAUGACCGGCUACAGCGCCUCCGGCACCGGCGGUCUCCUCGGCGCCGUCCUCAUCUACCACCUCGGCACCUUCGGCAAAUUCUGCCUCGUCGUCCUCGCCCUCACCAUCGUCGCCAACAACUGCCCCAACAUCUACUCCGUCGCCCUGACCGUGCAAGUCCUCUCGCGCUCCGCCCAGCGCGUGCCCCGCUUCGUCUGGACCAUCAUCGGCACCGCCAUCUACAUCGCCAUCGCCAUCCCGGGCUACUCGCACUUCGAAACCAUUCUCGAAAAUUUCAUGAACUUCAUCGGCUACUGGCUCGCCAUCUACUCCGCCAUCUCCCUCACCGACCACUUCGUUUUCAAGCGAGGCCUCCCCGGUUACAACCCCGAACACUACGACCAGCCCGAUCAACUUCCCCCUGGAAUCGCCGCCGUCGCCGCUUUCGCCGUCGGCGUCGCUGGUAUGGUCGUCGGUAUGAGCCAGACGUGGUUCGUCGGUCCCGUCGCUCUCCAUGCCGGCGACGCGCCUUAUGGCGGCGAUGUGGGCUCUGAGUUGGCUUUUGCGUUUGCUAUGGUCUCUUAUCUCAUUUUGAGACCGAUUGAGAUGAGGUUCUUCAAACGGUAG